CAUCAAAUAAAUAAUUAAUAAAAAAAAUUAUGAAGUUAAUUAAUUACAAUUUUAUCUCGAAGCUAUCACCCCGAAUUGUAUUAAUUGAAAAUAAUUGCUCUAUGCAUAGUUCUGGUAAUUAUUUAUGAAAACAAACAAAAAUGUGUGACACUUUUUAAUUGGGAUUCCAAUUCAAAACUGUACAAUGAAUGAUGAAAACAAUAAAAUGAUUGGAAAUAAUAUAUUGAUCAACGCAAAUGACCAGGUUGAUUUAUUUCAUUUAAUUGGAGGAAGCUGGCCACCGGCUCCUCGAGAACCUGAGUGUGCUGAUUAUGGAUCAAUGUCUAAGCACUCCACAGCAACCAUGCAGCGCAAUUCACACAAUGACAGAGUGAAAUCUGCCAACCUUAUAGCUCACUUGGCACCUGAUAGACGUAGGAUUAAAUCAACAUCAAGCAACAGUCCUAUUCUAAGUACUGAAGAAAAUCAACAAAAACCCAAAAUGAUACAAGAACCUAAAACUGUAGAAACUGGAAUCUUAGUUGACGUGUGCAGCGCUGAACAACGCGAAAAUGUCUACGAUUCUCCAGCUUUGGGUUCACCUCGGGCUGUGGCGCCGAUUCCAAAAGCUUCGGUAGAUAUUUUACAAGACGAAAUCGGCGUGGGAUCCCUGGUGGAGGUUGCUACAGAUGUAGAUCAACAUUACUACGGAGUUGUGAGGUGGAUUGGUAUCAUUGAUGACACUGCAACCGCGGGUGUCGAGCUGGAGGAGAGCGUGUGCGGCCUGGGGGACGGCAGCCGCGGCGGCGUGCAGUUGUUCGAGUGCGCAUCGGGAAGGGCACUGUUCGUGCCGCUGCCGCUGUGUCGCCGCGACGCACGCUUCCGCGACACGCCCCCGCCCGACAGACCCGACCUCCACCAUGUUCAACUUAGCGAACAGCCAGAGUGUCCUGUAGUACCAGGCGUGAUCCCACCGCUUACUUCCUUGGGGGACCUAGCAGGGAAAAACAGGGGUAUUCAAGGUCAUCACAAUUCUUGUUAUCUCGACGCAACGCUGUUCGCUAUGUUCACCUUCACAAGCGUGUUCGACGCUUUGUUGUACAGGCCACCGGAACCAGAGGAUUCACCGCAUUAUUCGGAAGUGCAGCGUGUACUGCGCGAAGAAAUCGUGAACCCGCUCCGUAAGCACGGGUACGUCCGCGCCGACAGGGUUAUGAAACUGCGCACGCUGCUCGAACGACUCUCCGAUGUGCCGGGACUCACUUCUGAAGAAAAGGAUCCGGAAGAGUUCUUGAACGGCUUAGUGGCACAGAUCUUACGGGCCGAACCUUUUCUCAAAUUAUCAUCAGGCCAAGAAGCGUUCUGCUAUCAGCUCUUUGUCGAAAAGGAUGAACACGUCUCCCUGCCGACGGUGCAGCAACUGCUCGAACAGUCGUUUGCUACUUCGGGUGUGAAACUCAGCGAGGUCCCGGCCGCUUUCAUAAUCCAAAUGCCGAGGUUCGGGAAACAAUACAAACUGUAUCAGCGUGUAAUGCCAUCGCCGUUAUUGGACGUCACUGAUCUCAUUGAAGGACUUCCGCGGCAGUGCGCUGUGUGCGGCGGGCUGGCGCGCUGGGAGUGUGCGGAGUGCGCCCGCGGCGCCGCGCUCGACGCCGCCGCGCUCUGCCGCGCCUGUCUGCGGCGCGCGCACUCGACACGCCAGCACAAGGCAACGCCACUGACGGUAUUCGAAGAGUACUCCAGUAUACUCGAGUCAUGUCCCGUCCCGCGCGUGUACAUGGAACUGUUCGCGGUGCUCUGCAUUGAGACCAGUCAUUACGUGGCCUUCGUGAAAGCCGGCGUCGGUCACGAUGCACCGUGGUGCUUCUUCGAUUCCAUGGCCGACAGAAAAGGCGAGCGCGACGGGUACAACAUCCCGGAAAUAGUGAGUAUGAAGGAGGUAGGCGCGUGGCUGAGCGAGGCGGACCCCGCGCCCCGCGCGCCGCCCCUCGCGCGCCGCCUGCUCGCCGACGCCUACAUGUGUUUCUACCGCAGCCCCGACGUCGCCAUGUAUCGCUGACUGUACGCCGACUCCAUACUUCUCUCGCUCAACGGUCGCUUCAACCCAAACCCAUAGUCUAUUUGGACGUGGCUGAAAUCUCAAAUGAAGAGAAUAAUAAGAAGAAAACGGAUGGUUUCUUCUUCCUAUCCUUAUUCCACAUUAUGUGAGGUCCGCGCAGCGAAUCCUCUUAUCAUGCGUCAAACGGCUGGUUCCCAUUUUUCUUAAUUACGAAACUAUAAAACGCUAUUGAACGGUAUUCAUUAAAUGUGACGUCAUUUGGGGUUAAAAUAAACUAUUUCAAAGGUAUGACUUCAUGUGCUGUGAUUGAUGUGUUUUUAUGUAGUGAUUUAAAAGUAAAAUAAGAAAACGCUGCGCGUGCAACUUGGUGUACGUGAAUGAAGUGAUACUUCUUUUUCGAUGUGUAGUAUUGUGGUGUUCUUCA